AAAUAAAAGCCAAUGAACAGCGUGGAGACCAAGUCAGCCAAACAGCCCUUCUCUCACGUUAAACCCUAAACUCUCAACAAAGCCUCUGCGAUUCCAAUUCUAGGGUUUGCUGCUUUCUCUCUCUGAAAUGGCGGAUCAAUCUACCGAUUCGAAUCGGAAAACUCGAGUCUACCACCCAUACCAAGACCUCCAGGUCCCCAUCCAAAACCUCUACAACCUUCCCACCUCUCCCGAGUACCUCUUCGAUGAAGAAUCGCUUCAUCAACGCCGCUCUUGGAGCGAGAAUCUGCAAUACUAUACGGGGUCGGGUUACCUUUCCGGAGCCAUAAUCGGUGGCGCCAAGGGCUCCAUCGAAGGGAUCAGGGCGGCGGAGGCCGGCGACACGCUCAAACUCCGAGUCAACCGGGUUCUCAACUCCGGCGGCCAAACGGGUCGGAGGUUCGGCAACUCGAUGGGCGUUCUUGGCCUUAUUUUUUCCGGGUUGGAGAGCGGGAUGAUACACUGGAGAGACACCGAUGAUAUGCUCAACAGCGUCUUCGCUGGUUUGGGCACCGGCGCUAUGUAUCGAGCGGCUGCGGGGCCGCGCUCCGCCGCGAUCGCUGGUGCUAUCGGAGGUUUGGCUGCUGGCGCUGCCGUGGCCGGUAAGCAGGUCAUGAAGCGAUAUGUUCCCAUAUGAAGUUUCGGCUGAUAUGUGUCUUUUAGGAUUUUAGGGUUCUGGAGGUUUGAGGGAUGGUGGAUUUGUGGUCUUUUUGGUUUAUAGUUCAAUGGCGUUGGUAUAAUUGGAUUAGUUUGUGUCAUUUGGGAUCCAAUUUGUCGAUUUGUCUUUCUUGCAGAACCAAACUACCAAUGGCAAUUUGGAUUUUUGGGUUAUUUUUUAGCUGUAAUCAUUGAAUUACACAUUACAUAUGACAUGUUUCAACAUAAAUUUAUUUUAUCAUUGAUUCUUUUAUUUAUUGA